GGGCGACCAAUGGAACAUUGACGUCACUGUUGUGUAGUCGGGGAAGAUGGCGGACAAGAUGGAGCGGAUAGAAGGAGGACCAGAAGAAGAGGCAGAAAAAGCAGUGAACACUAAGACUGUUUCUUCCAGCAAUGAAGGGGAAAGCUCAAGUCGCAGCGCAGAGAAAAGGUCUGCUGAACAGUCCUCCGAGGACUCCAGCUCCACACCUUGUCCAUCUAAAGUCUCUAAGAUUGGAUUUACAUUUGGAGGCCAAAGUACAAAGAAGCAACCUUCCAUAUCUAUCAAGCUUGGUGCCAGUAAACCUAAAGAAGUUGCUCCAUCUGUAGUCCCCAAAAAGAAAGCGUUGGCCUCAGUGUUUAAUGAAGAUGAUAGUGAACCCGAAGAGAUGCCCCCAGAGGCGAAAAUGCGCAUGAAAAAUAUUGGAAGGGAUACACCAACUUCUGCCGGACCUAACUCAUUCAACAAAGGCAAGCAUGGAUUUUCAGACAGCCAAAAGCUGUGGGAGCGGAAUAUAAAAUCUCAGUUGGAACGUGUUUCUGAUAAAUGAAAUGUUUGGGUAGAGGGGCUGAAGGGUGUCAUUGAGAGGAAGAUUCCUUUUUUUAUGGAUGGAUAAAUUUACAGUUGUCGACUUAUUUCGUUUUGUUUUGUUUGUAUUUUUAAGGAAAUGUAUGACACAAAUACACUUGGAGAAAAAUCCAA